AUGCCAGUUUCAAGGCAAUCACGCGUAAAGACAACCCGUAAAAAUCACCGACCUUCCAAACGACACCAUCGAAACUCACACAAGUCUUCUCAACGACAAAAUGCCACGCGAGAAACAAAUUUUACCCACAGCCGGGACUCCAACCUCGCGGUGCAACCCUCAAACGCUCCAGUCAACGCGUCAGUUAAUGAAUUGAUAGAUAGUGAGCCAGCUUUAACUUCAUCACCAAACUUCUUGGACGAUUUUUUGCACUGGGACGAGGCUGAUAAAAUGCCAGUCACCGCCUCUGUUGUUAGGGAUCCUAAUGCUAAUGCCAAUAGCUUGCUACUUGUGCAUACUCAACCCGUACGUUCGAUAUCUGCCAUAUUGCUGCAAGAUACAUUGGACGAGCUAGAGUCCCGAUCCUUGUCCCCAAAUUUCUCAGCCUUUUCAGAUCGACUUCUGGAUUCACUGCCCGAACAAGUGGCCACAGAUUCUUAUGAUGCAAUGAAAGUGCCACGAAAUCCACCGGUUACGCUUCGUAAACUUGCGGAGGCAGCCAUGCAAAUGGAACCGGAAACUAAGGCUUUGCAAACUAUUGUAGAGCCUCGAUCUUUGUCUCCGGAGGGCUCUUUUGUUCAAUACCUGUCACACAAGCUUUCGCGGUACUGUGGAUACGUGCCCAGCGACUCACGGCACUGUGACAAGAUCCGUCUACAAGAAAUUACAUAUAGACUCAGCAAAACGGCUUUUGAGCGCUGA